AUGUUGAGAGCAACUUCAAACAGCCUUACAAAAGCUACUGCUUGGAAGAACACAGCCAUCUCUUCCUCUGUCAGACACUAUACAACACCUAAUGCUACCCCUGCUCCUGCUAGCAACAACAAGGAAAAGCCCAGCCUCUCUCAACGUUUAGGAGGCACUGGCCGUGGUAAGAUCUUGGAGGGCUCAUCUGAUCCAUUUGCCUCUUUCUUGGCCAAUGCCAAGAAGCCUCGCAAUAACAACAACCGCAAUGGCACCUUCACUCCUCGCAAUAGAAAGCCUCAACAAUCUGAAGGCCAAUUUGCUGAUGCUCCCGAGCAACCAAAGCAACAACGUCCUAGAAAUGAGAACAACAAAAACAACGCCAAGAAUAGAAAUAACAGACAAAACAGACAAAACGAUAAGCAAAACGUAGAGGGUGCCGCUGUUGACCAAAACAACAAUAGACGUAGCAAUAAGAGCAACAACACUAACCGCAAUAACGCACAAAAUGGUGGUAAAAAGUUGAAUUUGCGUAGAUCACAACAACCCCAAGACAUCCGAACUCGUCGUGCCACUACAUUCAUUGACAAAGACAUUGAUUGGGCUUCAUUCGAAACAGCCACCCUGUCAACAGAGGCAUCAGAGACUGAAGUUGCAGCAGCAGAGAAGGACAGCGAUGAGUUGGUGUUGAAGGAUAUCCAAGGCGAUUACGGCAGAUACAUCGCAACCGGUUCAGAUCUGAAAUGGCCUCCCAUGAUUGAAGGCGAAACUCUGAGCACGUUGGUGGGUAGCAACCCUACAUUUGAUCUGCAACAAAAGACUGCAUUCAUGGCUGCCGUAACAAAGGUAUUCAAUGGUAAUGCUGCUGGUGCUGCCAGAAAGUAA